AUGCCAUCUGUCAGUCAAAUCCUAUUUUAUCUGACUUAUUUUGUAUAUUUUUCCAAGUCAGCAAUCAAUUCAAAGGCUUUGCCUGACCAGCUCCUUUGUGCACAAUACUCCAAGUGGGACCAAAGUAAUGCAAGCAAUAAAGUUUUGAGCUCCGACAUUGAUUUGCAUAUUUCAUUUCCUAGACAAAGUGAAAAUUGUGAGAACAAAUUUGGAUAUUUCUGUGCAAGUAAAGAACUAGAUUGGACGGGAAACGGACCUUUAAUGUGGAUUUUAUGGGCGGCGCUGUCAUUCUACAAAGGACUCUGUUUACCUUCCGUUUCACCUUUACAAAUUGCAUUGUGCCUCCCACAAACAAAGUGGAUAGAGAAAGUGAUGGAUCUAAUGAUUGAAAAGGGAAAACAGAAGAGGAGACAGAACGUAUCAGUUAGAGGUUAUCAAACAUUUGAUGGCGUAAUUAAUUUCAGAAUACAAUUUCCAUUUGCUAAAAAUGUUUCUGGUACUUCAAGCUUCGCUUUCCUUCCUCCAGCGAAAAGCCUAAGUAAUAAUUUCAAUAAAAAUCCAACAAUUUUAUUUCCAUGCAGCCUCUUUACUGAGGUCCAACUUUCGAAAGCAGCAAGAUUGUGCAAUAAGAUAUUUCAAGGCUUUUAG